AUGGACAAGUUCGCAGACCUCGCGCAAUCAAAGGUGCAAGCGUACCUGAACAAGGACGACGACGACAAGCCGUCGCAGCACCAGUCCUCCUCGCAGGGCUACGGCCAACCUCUUCCUGGAGGCGACAAGGCUCACGGCGGCAACUACCCCGCGGGCGGCGGCGCGUUCCCCGACGACGACGAUGACGAUUAUCGACAGGCCGCCCACCAGGCCUCGCGCCACGCGGGUUCCAGCGGCGACGCGGACCUGUUCUCGACUGUCUUGGGCGCCUUGACGCAGAAGAAGGGGCAGUUGGCGAAUGAAGACAUCGAUGAGGACGAUGCCGUCAAGAAGCACAAGAAGUUCUUUGGCGACGACGACGAUGAUGAGAAGGCGGACGACAAGGGUCUCGGCGCCGCGGCCGCGAUGCAGGCGCUCAAGAUGUUCUCGAGCGGCGAGACGGGCGGGCAGAAGCAGAGCCAGGGCGGGUUUAUGGGACUUGCCAUGGCGGAGGCCAGUCGGUUGUUCGACCAGCGCCAGUCGCAGGGCAAGGUCGCAGAGGGCACCAGCAAGGAGUCGGCGAUCCAACAGGCCGGCGAGAUGGCGCUCAAGAUGUACUUCAAGAGCCAGGGGGAGCAGAAGGGCGGGUUCAUGGGCUUGGCGUCCAAGUUCCUUACCAAGUGA